UUUCUUUUCUAACCUCAGCGACCCUGGCAAAAAUGUUUCUCUUAUAAUUACAAACAGUACAUCUUGCAGUGAAAACGCAGGAAUAUAUCAACCAACUAUGAAUGGAAAUUUGAAAUAUUACUAUCUCAAUCAUCCAUACGACAUCUGCAUUGGCAGUUCAUCUGUAGUCAGUGGUGGUGAAUGGGAGCCUCGAGAAAAUGAGAAUGUCAGUAUUGUGGAAAAUAUAUGUAAAGUGAAUAAUUCGUGCAAACUUAACUACGUAUACGAAAAAAAAUUCAACGAUGGAGACCACUUAACCAUCAAUUGCUCUGAAUCAUGCUCUGAUUGGGUCAUCGAUGUGCGAUCAGCUGACUUUGGUGUUUUGAUGAAAGAUAGUGGCCCAGAUAGUAAACCAUAUAGGAUAUCAUUGACUAAGAAAGAUUGUCUAUCAUCAUCAGCGUUGAAUGUUGUAAAAACUGACUGUGAUGACAAAAGUCAUUGUCAUUUUCCCAUAAGGAAAAGUGACUUUUUGCUUUCUCCCAAUCAAUGUGGGGAAUCUUUGAAAUUACUAGUUCGUUACACUUGCAAAAUCCAGGUAUUGUGA